AUGGCAAUGCUGGCCUCGAAGAGUCCCUACGGAACGCCUGUCAAUGGUGGAAACAAUCAAAAACUACCAACAAGAACUUUCUCCGAAACUUCUCUGCGCGUGCAACAAUCUACGAGCACACAUCAAGACAAUCUCUUCAUGUCGCCUACCAAUUCCGAGUUCUCCGACCACUACGAUGGCUUAAAUUCAGUAAGAGCAUGGGAUGAAAAGAGAGUAGGAGAAUGGCUGCACUCCAUAAGAUGUGGUCAGUACGAAAGAUUAUUCGAGGAGAACAAUUUCACAGGUGAGAGUCUGCUGGAAUGCGAUCAGUCCAUCUUGACCGAUAUGGGCAUCAAAAAGAUCGGAGAUCGAGUGCGUAUAAAUGUUGCCAUCAAGCAAUUGAGGAAUAGGUCUCUGGCCGCUCGAAACCAGCAUCGCAAUCGAGAAUCAAUGGCUGCCCUGGAUGCCUUGACCUCAAUGGCUGCGGAUCCCUCAAAACCACAACCACGACUCGGCAACAAACGUCUGGAGAGCAGCGCGUUGAAAAAUAGCUCCCGACCCUCCUCCCCACUGGCAGAGACACAUCUUGGUGGACUUCGUUCCCGCUAUGCUAUACCGAGUCCGGCUGAUAGUUCCAAGCGUGAGGCUAUCAAUAAUGGCUAUUUCAGCCAACCCAACUCGGCUUCUUCUGUCAAUGGCAGAAGACCCGAAACACCCCAGAUAGUCGUACAGAGCUCAAGCAACAUUGGCAAGAGCCAUCUGAGACAAAACUCGAGCAUAGACGGCCUUACAGCUGGCGGUCUUCCAAGUAAUUCACCAGUCAUCAAGAUUGUCCACAACGGCGGCCAAACCAAAGUCGUCAACGUUAAGUUCUGCAAGUCUGCAGACGAAGUCACUAUGACCGUAUUGAAGAAAUUGCUUAUUCCAGAAAAGCACUUCCGCAACUACUGCUGUUAUGUUCUUGAAGGGCUAGAACCUAAACAAGCUAAUUGUCGUCGUAUUACGGAUGAUGAGCUUAUGGCUAUAUGUGGUGAUGCCUCUAGAUCUGAACGCAACAGACUUAUUCUACGGAAGAUCAACGACGGACUGCCUGACCUGGAUGAGGUCAAGAAAGCCGCCAAACUAGCUGUUGAUGAGAAUCAGGCUUUGCAUGCGAAUGCAUUGAACGCUACAAACAUGCGAAAUCAGAUAAAAUUACAGCAGCUGACGGGUGAAUCAUGGUCCAAUAUUCAGGCACCUUUAUCACCAGGCCCAAUGACCGAACGUCAUGUAGAGAUCUUACAACGGGCAGACGAACUCGAAAGGGCUGAAGCUGUUCCUCCAAGGCCUUCCAGAGAGGAUGAAAAUUCGACCAUCCGAUCCUUCUUUGGAGGCCGUCCUCCUAGUGAGAUGAUUGUGAAUGAACUGACGACAUACUUUCCUGGACAUCAGAAAGAAGACAUUGAGAAGACGAUGAGGAUGUCUGUCCGUCGCUCCCAACGUUUGAGUCGUGCCGCCAGUAGGCUGAGUGUGGUCAGCAAUGCUAGUCUAGCAUCCAGCCUACAAGAUGCACCGCCCGUCCCUAAGAUACCCUCGAUCGCGGAUCAAUGGUUGACAAAGCCGGGCGAAGCUGGUAUUGGUGCCAAACCGAGACCAUUGUCGGUUUCACGUUUGUACAACCCUUACCGAGACUCUAUUGCAUCGUCGGCACUGGCACCACUUCAGGAAGAGUCACCAAUUUCGCCUACUGAGCCAAACAGAAAGUCUUAUGUGUCGUUCGCCGAUAGUACUGACUCGCUGCAUCUCGAUGGACAAAGCUACUUUGAGGAGUCUCCAGUCGGUACUGAAAAUCUGAAUGAGCGCUUGUCCAUGAUGGUCGCUGAGGAUGGCGAAGAAGCUGAUCCUGAACUAGCUAAUUUCCUUCGCGGCAACAACUUUGACAAGAACAAUUGGAUGAAGGGUGACCUUAUUGGCGAAGGUUCGUUCGGCUCGGUGUACCUUGCCCUUCAUGCUAUCACCGGUGAACUCAUGGCAGUCAAACAGGUUGAAUUACCUGACGUCGGUAAGGGUACUGAGUCCGACAAGAAGAAGCAGUCCAUGGUCAAUGCCCUCAAACUGGAGAUCGAGCUCCUGCAAGGUCUUCACCACGUACACAUUGUACAAUACCUCGGCACUUCUUCUGACGAGACUCAUCUCAACAUUUUCCUCGAGUACGUGCCAGGUGGCAGUAUAGCAGCUAUGCUCAAGCAAUACAAUACCUUUCCUGAACCACUGACAAGGAAUUUUACACGCCAGAUCCUCGAUGGCUUAUCGUAUCUGCACAGCCGUAACAUCAUCCACCGAGACAUCAAAGGCGCCAAUAUCCUUGUUGAUAAUCGUGGUGCAGUGAAGAUCUCGGAUUUUGGUGUCUCCAAACAGACGACCAGCAACCUCACCAACCCUUCAUCACUUAGCACUACUGUCCCCGUAGGGCCACUUGGUGGACCAGGGACAAGGACCUCUCUCCAAGGCUCCGUCUUCUGGAUGGCACCUGAAGUGGUCCGGCAAACUGGUCAAUCUAUCAAGUCUGACAUUUGGUCCGUUGGCUGCUUGAUUGUUGAGAUGUUCACCGGCUCGCGACCAUUCCCAAGCAUGACAACACUGCAGACUCUAUUCGCUGUUGGCAGUCAGGGUGAGAAGCCACAGAUUCCUGAUGUGGCCAGUCCAGACGCGAGGCGUUUCCUCGAUCUUUGUUUCGAGGUUGACCAGACCAAACGGCCAACUGCGACUGAAUUGUUGAAGGAGUCAUUUUGUGCGCAGAGUAUCGGCAUGGUGACGCACUGA